AUGUCAACACAACAACGAGACCGCUCGUCUCCUUCUUUCGGAGAAGAGACCAGAUUCGCAAGCGAAAUCGACUCCUUCCUCGACUUCGACAACAACAACAGCUUCCUAGCACCAAACAGCAACAUCCGAUCGUCGUUUUCGUCGUCAUCCGCCUCGUCAGCACAAAGCACACCUACGAUGAGACAAGCGCACCCAUCGUCGUCCGGAUUUCCUGCACCAAGUCACCCCUACAACCUGCACCCACAACAGACCGAUCUACUCGGACUCGAUGUUCAGGAUGGAGGCUUUUUUGGUGACAGUACGACUUCGGAGUUCAUGCGGUUGGACGCCGACGUAGGGGCUGCGCAGCAGCCGGCGUACUUCUUCCCCGAAACGACGGCACCGCCGAGAUCGGGAGCGGACUCAUUGUCGCAGGGAAUUUCGCCGAUGAUGACGAUCGGAGAAAUGAAUCCUCAGCAGCAACAACAGCAGCAGCAACAAGCGCCACCGGUGCCCGUAGCAGUUGCUCAACCCCAACAACCACAACAACCACAAAGGAUGCAGUAUUACCCUGGCUAUCAUCAGCAAAUGUACCAGGAGAACAUGCGUCUGCAACAGCAAAAGUUGGCACGCCAGAAGGCAGCAGCUACAGCCAUGCCCAAGGCACCAUCGCACCCGCGACAGGGUGAGAUAGAUGCAAUUCUGGAUUCGUUCCGGAUCUCGUCGUCGCCGAUAAAUGGUUGCAAAAACUCGAGUGACAUACUGCCGCAUAUUGCGCGCAUGAAGAAGGAAGAGGAGGAUAUGGAUGAGGAUGAACGGUUACUGGCUAGCGAGGAAGGAAAGAAGUUAAGCAGCAAGGAAAGAAGGCAGCUCAGGAAUAAGGUUUCCGCACGCGCUUUCCGCAGUCGGAGAAAAGAAUACAUCUCUCAGUUGGAGGCAGAAGUGGCAAAGAAGACCCAGGAGGCAGAAGCUGUCAAGGAAGCGCAUCGCCGUCUCGAAGAGGAGAACACCCGACUACGGAGCUUCUCAGAGAUGCUGAUGAAGCACUCUGCUUUUCAGGAGUUCCUCAAAGAUCUCAGUGCCCCUCUAAUCAACCAGCCAACUGUCAGCCGCGCCGCCGUAACUGUGGCUCCCGCCGCCGUAGCUGAGCCCCUCUACAACUCCGCUCGUGAUGCCAACCCCAAUGUCUCGGCCGAAGAGCAAUGGCCUCUUGCCUACGCAACCACGUGGAACAACAGCAACAACCUGUCCCACGUUUACAACGUUGAGCUCCCCUCGGGCCCUGCAGUUCUGCAGGAUCUGGACGGAAAGGGCGUCUGUGGCGCCGUCGAAGAGGACUACACCAUCGCGGACGGCUUCUUCUCGGGCAUCCGCGACACCAAGGGCGACAUCGACUACAACCGCAUGGACGAGGACGAGGACAGCUACUACCAAGCACCCGACAACCUCGAAGAUGUGUACCUCGAGGAGGAGCAGUCGAAGCAGAACCUCGACGACCUCUUCCCCGGCGUCGGCGUCAACGACUUCCUCGAGAAGCUGGAGAUGGUUGCUGGCGGCGAGGCUCGGCCAGAGGACGUCUUCGAGAUGGAGACACCCGAUGUGCCAGAGCCCCGCGCCGUCGCCGAGGCCCCCAGGCGUUGUGCUACUGUCAAUAAGUCCAAUCACAUGCUCAAACAGGCCGAAGGCGUGUACCGACGGAUUGGGUUGUCGGUUGGCGGUAGCCAGUAGUUUCUUCUUCGCUUUAGAUCACGAUGGGAUGUAUGGGUUGGGUUGAUAGGGAUAGGACGCUCUUUAGAUUUUUGAGUUUCCUUUGUUCUGGGUUUUCAUUUUUCUUCUGCUGUUUGCAUGCGAUAUUCUUUGGCGGUGUUUUUUUUUAUUUUUUUUAUUUUUACAUGUUUGUGUGUUCAGCACCACUACUACUCAGCUAGGCCCAACCAAACCAACCAAAUAAGCCCACGGCAGGUUUUUUUUUAUCGAUUUUAUUUCUCUUCCAAUGUGGUUUUUUUUUGAUUCAUCUCUGUCUCUGUCUCUGUCUGUGAUUUUUAUCGGUGUUACUCAGGAGGGAAGGGAAGGGAAGGGAAGGAAAGUAUAAAAAAAAUGGACUGGAAUUCCCUUUUUUUGUUUUGUUUUGUUUGUUUGGUGGGUGGUGGGUGGUGGGUGGUGG